AUGGCUAGUGGUCGCGCGCGAUUGCCACCGACUCCCGGCACGGUGGCCACUGCUGCUGUGGGCAACCCAAGUUCUCGUUCCCUGGUCGAGCUGCACACCAACAACAACAUGUACCAUGUACCAUCCUCAACUGCAAUCACGGUUCACGGUGAGCUGCCAGGAUCGGACUACCCGCACCACCACCAUCACCCAGGCCACCAGAGCCAGGGCCUGCCGGCGACAGCGAUGAGUUUAGCGGGAACACAGCAACAGCAACAGCAUCCUCACAUUCACCAGCUGCAGCAUCACCACCAGCAACAGGAAGUCAUGGCCACUACUGGCGCUACUACCUCACAACUGCUUUCGGACUCGAUACUGGGCCACGCCGUGACGCAACCACUUCGCAAGCAACUGGAUGCCUGAAGGCAAGUCCCCGAAAGACCGAGUCACCUGUCUGAUGAGGACUGGAUGAGCAACUACACGGAGGGCAGUCUGCAGCGGCGUAGCUCUGUUUCGAAGGACUACCUACCGGCCGCGGAGUGGCUGAGGAAGAGCAUACGCCGCUCCUGGACCAUAUCCAAUGCAGAAGAUGAUAACGGUCCGGACGGGCAGCCAUAUCCGAACCCGAGUUUGCCGCGCAAACAGUCGCAAAGUAGUUACCCGUCGCUGGUGAAACAUCCCUACUUUAACCCGCUCUCGAUGGCGGACGAAGACGAUUACGAUGAAGAGUACGGUGCCGAGGGCGAGGAGGAGAGCGAACGGGGCAACGUUAGAGGAGCCGGUCCGCGGAAGAUGACGACCGCAGUGUCAGCGUUACGGCGCGCCAUGCCACCAAGACAAUCGACCCUGCCCAAUCCGGAGGCUGGUGCGGCCGCCUCCAUAUUCUACGGAAGCAAUAACAAUCUGAUGCCCCCGUCGGUAUCGCCGAAGCAGCAGCUUAGCCCGAGCCCACAGUACACGAGCCCGUACCAGACGGACAAUGAGACGGACGAGGGUGGCGGCUCGGAUCAUCGGUCACCGCUCGGGGUACGGUACAAAAUACGCAGACAAUCAACCCUUCCGUGCAAACCGAUUGAGGCGAUGGUAGAAGGAAUUGCCGGAGGCGGCAGUGGUCUGGUGCAUGGCAGCGGCCCCAUGAUCAUGAUGUCCUCCUCGCCCAACAGUCGCACGAACCUGUACUCCAAGUCGCCCGAACGUGACGGUAUGCUGCCGGCGGAAGCUGGUGGCGGCAAAUCGCAGCGCUACCCGCCAUUCGUUCGACAAUCAACGUUUCCCUCGAACUCGAACGAUCCCUUCUUGCUGCAGAUCCAAUCCCACUCUUCGCCUUCCUCUUCGUCCCUUGCCGCACAACCAUCACAGCAGAGCGGUGGUGGUGCGGCCGGGUCAUCUACGGUGGGCAACGCACCGCCACCGGCCCAGCCGCGCCAGCUACCCACUUCUCCCAAUCGGCUGGUGUUUAACAAGUCACCGGACAGUGGUACCGAGUCGGGGCCGGGCGCCAGCGAAAGCAGUGGCACCAGCCCGCACCAGGGACCGCAGCAGCGUACGCCCCGCUACCAGAUGGCGCGUCAAGCGACAUUGCCCAACCCCGAGCAGCACAUGAAGCUGCUUCCCACAUCCCCUCCCAAAAAGCAACUCUCACCGCACAGCAUCAAACGCUCUCCUGACUUUGCACGCCAAAACACGCUCCCAGCCUCCCAGCAGCAGCAGCAGCAGCAGCAGCUAUCGGCAGCUUCAGGUGCAGCACCGCAGCAAAGCGCACCGACCGCCGGCCCGUCGCCGGUGGCACCCGGGAUGUCGCCCGGUGGCGGGACACCCGAGCAGAUGCUUGGGGCAACGAUGAGUUCCUCGCUGGCGGUGCCGGUUGGGACCAAGUUUAUGCCCCUUUCGCCGCGCCAGAAAGCGUCCUUUCUCUUUCCCCAAUCUGCGGCACCUACACCACGUCCCUUUCACUCACAACAGCACUUCCCGACGCUCCCGAGUGCAUCUGCCGUCGCGGACGGUACCGGCACCGACCUGCACGGCGGAGGAGUUGUGCCUUUCCACGGCAGUGCUGCCGUGAACCAUGCGUCCUCGUCCUCCCUGUCGUCGGCGGUGGCAAAGAUGAUGAAGGUGCGCAGCCACAGCAACGAAGAGUACACGCUGACGGCGGUGGCCGGGGCCAGCCGGAUCCCCGUCGGAUCGCUGGUGCCGCCGGUGAGCGAGGGGCGGCGAUUGCUACCGGAAAUACCGACCGGUGGUGGGCGCUCGCCGAGACUGAAAACGUUCGCCGAGGCGAAGCAAACGAUGGCGGACGAGAUGAAGGCGGCGGCAGGAUCAGGUGGCGUCGGGUAUGGCGCGGUCGAUUACGGCGGCGGUCACGCCCUGCCAGGGUACGGAGAUUUUUAUGAGGAUCAAGAACUGUCCCUCGGGUACGAAGGUGAAGCGGAACACGGAGGCGGCGAAGCACACGGGGGCGAUCCCCCGUUUCAUCUACUUCCGAUCGGUGGAAUGCAGCAACAGCAGCGACGGGUGAAGCAGAGCGGUGACGCUUCGAUUACGUUCAUGGCUCCGCAGCCUAACGAUUCCAGUCCCGAGUCACUCGCCGGUUACGGUGGGUUUACAAAUCGGAAAGAUCGUUUGCGAUCGCGUCGAAAGUCUCGCGACCUUUACGAUCAAUCGGAUGAGCAGCAGCAGCAGGGCUCGUCCCCGCAGCAGCAGCAACAGCAACCGCAGAACGUGGUACAGUCGGCCACCGUUGAACAUGUGGAACCGGUCAAACGGAAGCCGGAAACGAUGCGUUCGAUCUCCGAGGAGGCACCGGCCGCGAAGCCACCAAAAGCUAUCACGCGCCGGUCGUUAUCCCAUCCUGAGAAGGACACCCAGACAUAUAACGCGAAAAAACUGGACACGGGCAAGAUUCCUUCCCCGAAGCCGCUCACGGAACUACACGAUCGUCAGCACAAACCGUCCGCGAUCGGAUCGGCGACAUCGCCGCGAAGGAAGAAUGUGAAAUCCUUCGACUGUGGCACCGUUACCGGUGGCAAGUCGGCUAGUGGCACUUCCGCUUACGCAAACUAUCCACCCGAUGCAACUGCUGCCCCCGUUGGUUUUACCGCUGUACCUGCUGGUUCCGGUUCCGAAGCUGCGACCAACGCCCGCGGUAACGCCGGAUACGGUGGUUCGGUUACAACGCUCUCGGGGGCCACUGCUGGCCUAGCAGGUGGUGGGCAAGCCGCCAGUACGAACCUUGGGUUCCAGUCGUUCGGGCAGCGAAAAAUAUCGGCCUUCCAGCAGAUACUUCAAAGGCAGCGGCUACAGAAGCGGGACUCGAAGAGUCUCGACAUUGUCGCGUCGAAGCUGAUGGAGGAAAAGUAUGGCGGCGGUGGUCAGGAUGUGGACGUGUCCAAGUCGCUGGAUGAUGGCAUCUUUUCUGAAAGCACCGGCCACCAGUCCGACGACAACAGCAGCGACGAGCACCUCAAUCUCCGAUACAAGGCAACGGACAACAAAACGAGCACCCUGGGAGAGGCAGAGAUACAGAAUGCCGUCGAGGCAGCAGCAGUGAUUUUCAAAAAAGUUGUGCUGCAACGCCGAGAGGAGAAUAAAUGCAGGAAUACGAACCGUAAUCGGCACGCCGUCGCGGUCGGUUUCAUUGACGACAACGCCACUCUCGGUGGUUACUCGUCGUCGGAGACGGAAAUGGGACGGACGCAGGCCACUCUUCGCGUGAAUGCAGCCGUGGCCGGGCCUCCCGACUACGAGGAGUAUCGGCUAGUGUUUGUCAGUUCCGAUUCGUCCAGCAAAGAGGAAGAGUACGACAGUAGCUCCACCUCCUCGUCGCACCAUCGAACCGCGAAGCGCACCCCAUCAAACCAUCGCAGCUCGCUGGAGGAGUGCGAUUGGGACUACUUCGAACCGGACAUGGCGAUGGCCGACGACACUGGUGGUCGAAGUGCGUUUUUCUACGAGAUCCUGGCGAUGGCUGCCGCUGCCGCCAACAUAACGUCGCCGCCACCGUCACGCAACGCGCCCUCAGCCGAGCCGACCAACAGCAACACGGCGCCGUCGGUAGGGCACUGCGAUUGCUGCAACCGACGGCAGACUCCUACGGCGACACAGUAUGUGCCGAUUCCGGUUCCCGUUCCGGUGCCCGUGCCAAUAGCCGCGUUUCAAAGCUGGCUGUACGAACAGCAGCAGCAACUGCUGCUGAUGCACGGAGGCCCCGUCAACAAGGCGGCCAAAACGGACGAACAGGAGGCGCUUCGGGCAGACCUGGUACAGCAGCUGUGGCAAAAGUUUGCCGAAGGUAGCGGCGAUCGUCAACGCUCGUUCGAAACGGAACCAGCGAAAGCACCGAAUGCGGCGGCGUUUGCAGCCCCUCGCCCGAAGCCGUGUGCCUGUCGGAAACGGGCACCACCGGAAGCAAAGUUGUUGGACGCCAACAAUACCACCGAAAACUGUCGGACUGCUCCGGUCGAUCGGAAAAUUGCCGAGGCAGCCGAUACUGGGAUGGACGGAAGGGUUCGCAGCCUCGACGACGAGGGCUUGAGCCACGGCCCAUCGGAGCCGGAUCGGUUGAAAGAAACGGACCAUAUCGACGGAACUGAACUACGGACCCCUCGAAUCGCGGCGAACGGCGCCAGUGACCGUGAUAACCAUCCGAGCCCGAGUGUUUCAGGUGUUACGCUGGCCAGCGACGGUGGCGGGGCGAGCGAUAGGAGUGACGAUAAAGUGGUGCGCCCGAUGGAGACCCAGAGCCAAAAUCCGUGCCAACCGACGAGUGAUAGUGAAGAUAAUGUGAAACUGGUGCGCCUCACGGUGGUUGAUAAAAACGGCGACAGCUCGGCCGCCAUUGGCUACGGAGCGGUCACCUCUUUGCUUGGGCACAAACACGGCAAGCCCUCCGAUGGCGAGGUGUUUAAAAAUAGUUUCGGAACCAACGAGACGGCCACCGCCAAAGACACAUUAUCAGGGUAUUUGCAGUACGAGCUACUGUACCACCUGGCCCAAUCUAGGGCUGGUGGAACCGGUAGCGGUAGCGGCGGCGGCAGCGGCAGCGCGGACGGCUACUCGACAUCGUCGAGUGCAACGACUGAAGCGGAAAGUAGUGCAAGUGGCUCGCAAAACGAUGACGAUGAUGAUGCAGGCGGCGGCUACGACGACGAGCCUCGCUCAGGACGAAAGAAACACUGCCGCAAGGUGAUGCGGGGCAAAUACUCUUUCCGGCCGGAACAACACAGUAGCGGGGCCCCAUCGCUGGCCACCUCUCCGGCUCCGGCAUCGGCCUCCUCCUCCUGCUCCUCCUCUCUACAACCGAUCAAGCGGUUCGAUAGUGAUCGGACGGACAGCGGUGGCGAUACAACCGACGAUGACGACGACGACGACGACGAUGAUCGCAGUGGUUGCUGCGAUCACGAGCGAACCGAGGGCGCGGGCGAUGACGAAAGCAACAUCCAUGAGCGGGCGCAUAAAAAGUUUAGUGCCAUAAUGUUUGUUAAUCCUCGGUGUGCAGCGAAAGAAGAGGAUCACGAAAGCCGUGUCACCCAACAAGCUGGCGUAGCCUCACGGCGGUACGGCCGUGGCGAGGUUGCGGAUAAUGUGAGCGAUUGUGGAACGGAAAGUGAGGCGUCGAGCGAUGGCGGGGGGAUGAUGGUGGUUCUGAAGCGAGUGACACAAAUUAACGUGGGCGAACAGCACGAGUGGGAACAGCAGUCUGGCCCACCCCACCCGGUGACCGAAAGUGUCGCGAAAUCGAUCGAAGCCACCAGCGUCCAGCAUGAACAGCCGGGCACGGCGACGGGCGAGGAGCAGUCGGCGGUGCAUGGAUACGGAAGCCGCAUAACGAGCACGCAACGUGACAGCAGCAGCAACAACUAUCGGGCGUUAUCGGAAGUAGGUGAAACCGAUUACAUGCCAGCGCAAACGGUGCAGAGCGAACCCGCGAUGGAAGCGCACGAAGAAGAAGAAGAAGAAGAAACGGCCGCUCGGAGGGGAAGUUGUUCGCCGUCCGGUGUGGUCGUGUCUGAAGUGCUCAGGUAUGCGCCGCUGGAAACGAGCAGCGAAGAAAAAGCAUGCUGCGACGGUAACCACCACAACCUGACGUCGUCUGCAGGUGGGCAACUCACGUCAUUAGCACCAACACCAGCACAGCGGGGUGGCGACACCACUACCAUCGCGGAAAGCUCGCCGAUCCGUACGUUGUGCGCCAGCAGCGGCGCAUGUGGUAGUGCCGUCUCGGGGUAUCCCAGACAAGAAUCAAACGGAAUGGAAAAGGUGAAGAUCGAAAGCCCACCCGACGACGGGGUGGUGAGUGACGACGCGAGAAACGUAAACGUUGCAAGUGCUUCUCCCACAAAACGAUUCGCUGCGGAAGACGGUGCCUCGGACAGCGCCGAAUCUGGCGGUGGCGUGAAGCAGCACAUCAUCCCCACGGACCGACUCGACGCAAAUCGGCCAAACCCGGGUACAAUUCCGAUACACUCCGAGUUGGUGGGAAGUGAUGAAGAUCGAAAGAGUUCAACGGAGGAGCAUGAGCAAAACCCCCGCGAAGCGCAGGUGGUGAGCGCUGGGCAGGAGGAAAGUGUUUCGCCAGCCAGUGUGGGGCGGCCCGUAACACUGCAAACAAUCAUGGGUGACGAUCGUUGUUGGUCUAGCCGUCAGCGUGAUGAUCGUGAGAAAUCGCUCGGUGAGCUGGUACGGUGCGGUGACCAAAGUGUGUUGCAGACUGCGUCGUUAGGCAGGGCAGAAGAUCGUGAUGAUGAUCAAGAUGCUUGUGACGGUGGUGAGCGGGCGGAGGACAAGCAAAACAAACCGUUCGGCCAUGGGGCGGAAGGCGACGUCACGGUCGUGACGGGCGCGAACACCCUGUCGGCCGUGGUCUGCUUGGAGGAUGGGCUGGCCGAUGAUGAUUCGUGGGUGGAAGAGAUCAGCCAGGAUGAGGAGGAGUUCGCGACCACGACGACGGCCACCGAUUCCGAUCUGGAGGAUUCGAGCGAAGAGAUGUCGUUCGGUGGCGGCAGCGGCUGUAACGAUCGUGAGGAGGAACUGCGUGGCUACAAUCGGACGGCGAUCGACUUUACGCUGCACACGAUCGUGGAGGAGAGCUGCGAGGAGAGUGAAAUUGAGUCGCGCGGAUCGAGUGCCGUUCGGCGGAGGGCCCGCCGAGGAGAACACGGCCGAGGCGAUGGUGGCAGUGCGCCCGAUGAUGAUGUCCCCGAACCGGCCCACCGUCUGUCGGCAUCGGAGUUGGAGAAAUACUUUUUCUAUGGCCUCGGCGGCGGCGGCAGCGGCGCCGUGGGCCAUUUGCACACAUCCGGUAUCGGUGGCCUCGGUGCACGGUACGGCGGCCAAGGGCUCGGAGAUGAUCACAGUGAGCUGUCGGAGGAAAGCAGCUCGCUCUGUAGUGACGGACACGAUUCCCUUGGUAGCGGGACUGCCUCCGGUAGUGCUGUUUCCGGUGCCCGUUGUGCCGACGGCGGCGUCUGCGAUGACCAUUCCACCGACUCGGUGGGCGAUUUGGCGUCGUCGCGUUUGGAGAAGUACUUCCUGACAGGAUUUCUCGGCUAUAGCACCACCGACCGGGGUGGUGGUGGUGUCGGUGGUGGCGGUGGCAAUGGCUCCGAUGGCAGUGGUGGAAGCGUCGGCAGUGACAGCGAAGGGCAUGCUAGCCCGGAGCAGCGUCGAAAGCGGCUGGUACGGGCCCGGGGAGCAACCCGGUCGCACAACUCACUGGACAAUCUACUGCUCGUUGGCAAGGACACGUCCGACUACCACCCGGAUGCCGGUGGGGGAUCGUCUGGUGGGCCAACCGCUUCGUCGACGUACGCCGACCUGGUACCGGUCGGUGUUGCAACCGGCGGCUCGGGCGGCGAUAUGGAUGAUUCCUCCGAAACGGACACGUGCGACGAGACGUCACUGGCGUACUUGCACCAGGAACGCGCCGAGCUGUCUCCGUACGAUUCGCUCGGCAAACGAAAGAAAAAGUACACGAUGGUGAAGAAGCCAGAGGUACGUGGUGCUGUGGUCACCGACCAGAGUUCCGUUGCGGCUGGCUCCGAAACGGACGAAAGCCGUAACGCCGCUCUGCAGAAGCUUUCACCGACAGAGACCGAGAGGACCAGAGGAGGAUCGGCCGGUGGUGCGGAUGGCGCGGUGAUGGCCACGACGACAAACCUUCUGCACCCUCCGCCGACGAUAGAAUGUUCGCGGAAGCAAAACAGUCGCGACAGCGGUUUCAUCGGCAGCAACGAUGACCUGCUGAAGGAGGAGCAUCAUCAUGGGGCAACGGGGGCUUCGUCAACCGGGAAGGUACCGGGUGCAGCGGUGUCGGAUGCCGGUCGGUUUGAGUUGGAGGGCAUCGUGGAGGAAAGUAAGAGCGAUGUCAAAGAGCCGGAAGCCUCAGCGACCGCCGCACCAGACGUAAGAGAGCCAGCAACCGUGCCAGCACCGAUGGCCCUCGGAAGUGAUACCGGGGGUCAGAGUGGUGGCCUCUCGAAGAAGGGAUCGGCCGGCGGUACGAUGGUGAACUUGGUGCGGAAGGAUAGCUUCAACAACUGGAGCUCGGAUGAGGAAACGAAUCUGAUGAUGUCAAAAAUGCGGCAAUUUUUCAAAUCCCUCGUCGCCGCUUCGGCCAACACGACGCGCAAGCAUCCGAGCAACUCGAGCAGCUCCACACCGGGCGUCAGCGGUUCCAACACCCCGCAACAGGGUGGAACGCCGGUGGCCCGGCCACGCGGCGGCAGCAUGCGCACCAAACCGCCGCAGCUCGUGUACUUCGAGAGCGAGUUGACGCGCCUGAUGAAAACGGUGCCGGGCAUUCGGGACGAGCAGGUGCGCGAGAUCGUGGAGUACCUGAGCAGCGAGGAAACGUGGUCCGACUCGUACGAUUCCUCCGACUACACGAGCUCCGAUCUGGAGGGAAAUGCCGUGGGCCACAUCGGCGGCAACUCGUUGGCGCUGCAGCAAGAAAUAUCGGCCAGCUGUAGGCAGAUCAUCAACAAGUUCGACAGUAGCGUGCGCAAGGAAGACGAGGAAGGCGACAUCGGCGACGGCGGGUUGGUUCCACUGGUGGGCGCGGCCAAAGAGGAAUCCCUGUCCACACAACCGCACCCGCACUACCACACUCCGCUCAGCAAGGAAACAGCUUUCGUGUACCAACGAUUGGUGGCUUCCCUGUCGAAGGUUGUGGUGAACGAAGCACCGGAAGGUCGCGAAACCCGCGAUAAGGAUCCGAAGCGGCAAGCUUCGGCUGCGGGUGCAACAGGUGGCAACUCGAGCUCGUCACCCCCGUUGAUCGCGAAAGUAAUGCACCACAUCGGAAGCAGGUUGGUCGCGCUCAUGCAUGAGGUCAGCAGUGGCGAGUCCAACGCUACUAGCGGCAUCGGCAUCGGUGGCGGUGUGUCGGGCCGGGAGUACGUUGGUGGCAGCCAGCACAGGAUCGCCCACCGCAAAGCAGGCCAAUCGAGCGUUGGGGCGGGAGUCGGCCCUAUCGGUGGUAUCGGUGGCGGAGGAAUGCAAGCGAUCUCUGCUACGACCACCGAGGACGACGGUGACAGCAGUACGUCGGAGACGGAGCACCGGAACCACCAGUAUCUGCCGCAGCACCACCAUCACAACCAUCAUCACCAGAGCCGUAAGGAUCGGUCAAGGGGCGACCAGGAUGACGAAGAUCAGCAGACGGGGUGCGUAGCGCAGCCCGGGGGUGCAUCGUACGCGAUGCUUCUGCCACGCAGUAAAAGCCACGAUCUGUUGCUGGGCGAUCAGCGAUCGUCGCACGAUCGACGGGACCAGAUGUAUCCCGUCGGCGGUGGCCCCGGUGGCGAUAUGGUAGGAGAGGAGCGUGGUGAAGCCAGCGACUACGAGCGUUUCUCGUGGCGCGGAAGCUUCGAAUCGGCCCUGCUCGCCAACGGCGAUUCGCGCACCAAACUCUCGAUGCUGGACAACUCCUCUUCCUCGCGGUCGGUGCUGGUGGCGAAGCGGCGUUCCGCCGGGGACCUGCUGUUUAACAAUCAAAACCUCAGCCAAGAGCAGCUCGAUCGUGUCCGCAGCUGUGGUAGCAUCGGGGGCGAACGGGAGGAGUUUGACGGUUCCAAGCUGUGGGACGAUGCCAAACAGCAGCCCUCGGCGCACCAGCAACAGCUACAGCCACUGCAGCAACAGCCACACCAUUCAGCGUACCACCACCACCACCACCACCAGCAGCAGGGCCGACGGCGCACCCUGUCGAGCGUGGUCGCGGAUGAAGCGGAUACGGAUUCGGAUGAAUCGGUGGCCAAGGGGGUGGCCGCCAGCAAUCGGUUGGUGCUGGCGUCCCGCUCGACGCUGCCACGCAGCCUGCAGAACACGAUUACAAGCGCCACCACCAAUUCGUUGCCGCGGCUUCCCACGGCCAACAUGCAGACGAUCAUGCAAUCGGUGGCUGCCACGGGAGGGACACCCGUUUCGGCGGGUUCCACAUCGACACUAUCGUCGGUGGCAAGCACACCGGGCAGCACCGGUGUGACGGUGGGCAUGGGCCAGAAAUCGCAAAGCGUGUACCACCAUUUCCUGCAGAACAACGUGAAAAGUGCCCGUUACCGGGCGCCAGGUUUCAGCCGGACGCCACCUUCCGCGGCACCGAAGCGUGCCAUGUCCGCUCCGGGCCUGCAACCGGUGUAUCCGCGGCGCGAGCGACGCAGUAGGGUGCAACCCUUGCUGAAUGAAGAAAGCCAAAGCCCAGACCUUACCGGCGCUUCAACAGCGGCCGGUGAGGAGGACCACUCGCAGGGUGAAAGUCCGCGGAUGGCGACGAGCACCCACGGACCAGGAGAAUCGCCGUAUGAGCGAUCGGAUGGACCAGCGAAGAACGGGACACAGAAAGCGGGUGGCGGGGGCGGCAGCAGCAUGGUGUCAUCGCCGGUUGGAUCGACCGGAGCCGGUAGCAGCGACAAUUGGCCGUCACAGUCGGACGAAGAUAUCGAUCGGCUGGUGGCGCUCCACCAAAACCGGGCCAGCCUGAGCUCGCUGGGCGUCCGUUCUGACUCGAUGGCCAGCGUGUACUCGGGGGCGGGAGAAGGACGCUACGGUACUGUUACUGUUCGUGGACAAAUCGAAUUUGGUAUGCAGUACAACUACAAGCAGGGUGCCCUCGAGAUACACGUGAAGCAGUGCAAAGAUCUCGCUGCUGUCGAUACGAAACGGAAUCGCAGUGAUCCGUACGUGAAGGUGUACCUGUUGCCGGACAAAUCGAAGGGCGGCAAACGUAAGACAAAGGUCAAAAAGCACACCCUGAAUCCCGUGUUCGACGAGGUACUUCGGUUUCACAUGAGCUUAAGCAGCCUGCAGACACGCACAAUUUGGGCGACGGUUUGGCACUCGGAUAUGUUUGGCCGUAACGAUUUUCUGGGUGAGGUUAUGAUGGGACUGCAGGAUAAGGUGUUUGACAACCCGCAACCUCAAUGGUACCAGCUGCAGGAAAGGAGUGAACCAUUCGAAGACUUGUCGGCGUAUAAGGGUGACAUCAUCGUUGGUUUGAAGUACGUUUCGGCCGACGGUGAUGGUAGCGGUAGCAUCGGAGGCGGUUCCAGUGCCACCGUUGGUGGUAGCGGCUUCAGCACGCUAAAUCUGCGCAAAUUUAGCACCCGCUCGCUAACGUCCAGCUCGUCGAUACUGUCCGGCCACGGUAAGGGAGCGCUGCACGUGCUGGUGAAGGAGGCAAAACAUUUGCAACCGAUCAAAUCCAACGGUGCUUGUGACGCGUUUUGCAAAAGCUACCUGCUGCCGGAUAAGAACCGGAGUUCGAAGCAGAAAACACCCGUUAUAAAGCGAACAAACUCGCCGAUUUGGAACUACACGUUCGUUUACGAAGAUGUUUCGCUCGCAGAACUGUCCGAACGAGCUCUAGAACUGACAAUCUGGGAUCACGAUCGACUGGCUAGUAACGAAUUUUUGGGUGGCGUUCGCUUUUCCCUCGGAAACGGUAAACAUAAUGGCAGGGCCGUCGAGUGGAUGGAUUCGACCGGUAAAGAGCUGUCGCUGUGGCAGAAUAUGAUUAAUCGGCCCAACUUUUGGGUCGAAGGGGCGCUCGUGUUGCGACCGUCAUUGGACAAUGCCCGAUUUUCCACAUAAUUUUUCGACUCCUCCGUAGACACCAUCACCCGAGGGAUCUGUUAGUAGUGUUGAUUCCUCUCUAGUUAAAUCGCCACCCGUAGCAUUACCCCGUAACAGUAAACGACGAACGAAGCUCCCGUCUCUAAAGGGACCGGGGGCCAUAUGCGAUAACGUUAAGGAGCAUAGGGAGGCCUCUCGAUCGAGAGAAGUAUGGUGAGGACGAUGGAAUAGAAUUGUGAUGUUGCUUUGCAAUCAACCUAUACAAUAUUUAAAUAUUGUGGUGUACAAGAAAUCAAAUCAAUUGGCUUAAGGAAAUCCGUAAGAAAACAACACACAACCGCAAAUGACAGGAGGGUUCCUUUUUCGACACCUUCCAAAAAGAUGAUUUGCGAAAGUCAUACUUCGUAAGCGCAGGUGGCUUCGAUAGAGCGCGGCUGUGUGACGGAGGACAUGAAAAUUUAACACAAAGAUAAUUGGGGAUCAGGUCAGUGAGUGAGAUUUCACGCAGAGCAGAAGCGUAAAGUAGAGUAGAAAGUGGGUAGGAAUGUAAAAAUUGACAAGACAAGAGAGCAAGCAAUCGUUGCGUCGUCGGUCGGCGAUCUACUAAUCACCUCAUGUGACAAAACAAGAAGAAUUUUUCUGUGUUCAACUACAUCACACCCAUCACAUCAAACCGCAUAUCCAAGUAGACUGGACGACAAAAGGGCCCUGUGCCCUGCAGACGGCAAAUGAGAAGACGGCAUGAGACGGGAAUCUAUUGCCCUUUCACCAUCGCUACUUAGAAAACUCACAACACACAACAACACAUCCCAUUAUGAUCCGACGCUCCUAAUAGUAUGUGCCACUGCCGGUAAGUGGCCAAAGUAAAGCGAAGAUCAAGCAGAGCAUAGCAAGAGGAUCUCGACCAUACCUCGGUUGUAACGCCAGCCGUCAUUUCGAUGCUGCGCCCGUAUGUAUGUGUCGUAAGCGGCGAAUGAGUGGCACCGCGCUCAACAUUGUACAUUUUUUAUCAUCGACAUCGACGAUCUUUGAACAUAUCAUCAUUGAACGUAGACGGAGGGUCAUCCGUCGUGGUUUGGUCGGCCGGGUGGGUCGAAGUGUUUCCAGUGUUCUAGUUUACCGCUAGUAGAUCUGCUCUCUGGUGAUCGAUAGUGGCGAUAACUGAUCGUAGAUAUGCAUGUAACACAUACACACACUUUAUUCUUGUUAAAACUUUUUUCCAACAGACUUACACUCUGAUUGUUACAUCUUAAUUGUUCAUCUUGAACCUGAAUCUAUUACGGGCGUACAUGUGGCAGUGCUGUGGCAGAAAGCACAUCAGCAUAUACGCGCCAGUCCCUAUACACAUAUUCAUAUUUAGCUCCAUAUUUACAAUUCUUACAAAAAAACAAUCAAAUGACUGACCAUGUUUAUAUAAUAAUAAUUAUAAAAAAAGAUACGAUAUAUCUACGUAUGCAACUAUCGUCAUACGGAAGCGAUGAGCCUGAAGAUGUAGUAGUCCUGUAACACCGACCUUCGAUCAAUUUGCAGUUUGAUAAAUGCUCACCGAGAAGGAACCGCUUCGUUAUUCUACCCAAGCGGAAAAGCACUAAAAAUUGGCCUUUUCGGCUGGCAGACACGAAAGGGCGAAUAUGAGAGAGCGAUCGAAAGGGGAAGAAGCAAAUCUCGAAACAAACAGGAAUACGUUUAGAACAAAACAAUGCAGCAUUUUGUGACUGGUUUGUUGUGCGCAUACGUACAAUAUACACACGUAUUUUGUAAAACGAAUAAUUGUAACGCAAUUCUAUUGAUAACGAUUAUAUUAUACACGGAUCAUGAAGAACCGAAGAGAAGAAGAGAAAAACAACAUGGAUCAUGCAAAAAAUCUUAUGAACUUCGCGUAUUAGAGUGUAUUAUAACUAUCUUACUGAAAACACAUUCGUAAUCUAAUCGGUUUUCUCUCUACACACACGCACAUUUUGGAAGACACACGAACUCAUCAUCACCUCACAAAGGGUCCCAUUUGGCCAAAAACGGGAAGCGCUAUUACCGCUGCUCUUCUUGUGUUUUUUUAAAUCAAAUAUAACAUUGAUUUGUUGAAGACAUUCAACAGCAAGAAUGAUUAAAAUUAUAAUAGUAAAAAUGGUUGAAAAUGAUUUGCAAAAUGCACACCGGCCGCCGGACGGUCGGUUGUAGUCCAGCUUGAUAUAGUACGUUGUUUUCGGUUGCAAUUAUAGGGGCAUAAAAGCUACACCUAAUGUUCGUAGAAGCUUUCCUCGUUUGGUCUCGAAUUUUGACUUGGUUUUAUUUAUUCAAAAAUACAACAAGAACUACUGUAUACAGUCCCGUCCCUCUGUCCCUCUGGACAUCAUCAUCACAAUUGCCUUAUCACAAAUGGUUGAUAUUAUGGCAUGCUGAGUAAUUGGAGCUUCUUUCAUCGUCUAACAUUAGGAGGAGAUCGUCUUCAAUUGGUGAUCAACACAUGAUCGCUAAGCAAUUUACGUAUACAGGCACUUGCAAACACCGUUGAGACGCGUAAUGUAAGCCUUAAGGACUCCGUUUACUUUGCCUUUUCGCUUUGCUCGCUCGUAAGUGCGGAAUGUACGAUGGAAGUGUGGAUAGUUACAGUUACAGGACACAUUUUGUGAUGCUAUCAAUCGUGUUUGCAAUCGAUGCGAACCUUAUCUAUUGCAUUGUAGAAAUUACGCUGCCAAACCAUCAGUUCGUUAGCUCGUUCGUUUGGCUAGUACUCCGUAGAGAUACACUUUAGUACGAGUUUUGCAGUAGGGCAAAGUGGGAAGGACAUUUGCUGAAAACUGAAGAAACGCUCAGUUAAGUAUAGUCAAGCACAGAUAUAGUAUUAUAUCACCACCCGUAGUAAAUAUACACCGUAGCAUAAUGAACAAAUACCCCGAAGUGGAAGCGCCCUUUCAGUUUGUGCAGUACAGAUAUGAUACUGCAAAACUAUUCGCAUUCCUGGCUAUCACUUCUUUUUUGCGAGAGAAUUAGUAGCGUUGUUUGUAUGGUAGUUGAGUAGUGGAAACAAGCCUUUUGCUAAACCGCCAUUGUAGCAGUGUGCUGUCGUAUCAAACUUUUGUAACAUUGGAAGCUCUCUUUUACGCUGGGUCAAUCAUGCAAAGACACUCUCCUCCCGCAGUUUAUACACUUUGUUGAUAAUCUGCAAAAUUGGCCGAAACCGCCUCGUCCCAAGAAAUCACGAGAAGCAAGUGGCGCAGCACCGUCGCGGUGAGGUAGAAUACUAUUUGCCAAAGCACGAGGAUUUCAAAUUUGCGUUAAUCACGGGAGGAGAUUGAAAUUAUUUACGUGGCGUUUGUUGAACCGCGGUUUCUAUCAAACUGACUCUUUGUUGUUUAUCCUUGUGCGUCAACCAAUAAUCCUUGAUUUGUUUUGUGUAGUGUGUUGUUUGAGUGUUGGUUUAUUCUAACCUCUGGCAGUCCAAUUUGUAUUUUAUACGCACACAUUCGGUACUCUAGUUACUUAAGAAAUACGAAGCACUAAACAAUCUUUUACGAUAACCUAACGAGAAUGUGUCAAUUCCAAAAAAUUUCUGUAAACCUUUUUGCGAUACCCAUCGCUCGGGGCAAAGGUUUGUAAAAGUUCUAAAGAAAAGCAUGUGACGCCCGCUGAAGGUGACGCUGUGGGCUUUUGCAAUAUGUUCUCGCUUUAUUGGCUUCAUAUUCCUGGUUCGUGAGCAAAAGUGCAAUAGCAAAUACGCAUAUAUGCAAACAGCAACUGAGAUAAAUGGUUCAAUUAAGAUCAUCCUAAAACUAGCUUGACGAUCGCAUGCACCGCAUUGUGCUGUGCUUGGGUAUGUUGUAUUUUGAAGCAUGUUUCGUUUUACUUUGCUAAGGUCAUCUUCGGUCGAUGAUGAUGCAAAAUCUUAUGCGUCAAUACAGAGAAAAUACUAUAUACGCCAACAUGAACGAUGGAGGGACCACCAAUCCCAUGGACCGUAGAUAUGUUACAUAAGUUGUCUUUUUAUUUCCUUCAGCCUUUCUCAACCUCAAAGAAAUGGAACAAAUCAGAUACGGAUGCUCAUUAUAUACACUUAUUGGUAAUAUAUAGAAAUAUAUAUACACAUUCAAUAUAUUUAUAGCAUGUGUAAAUGCAUGAUGAUAGUAGUUAUCGAUUAUUCAUUAAGUCGCUGCCACAGGAAACAGUACGUGAUGAGAGACAGACGAGGGGAGAGAGAGGUCAAGGAAAUGGGCACGUAGAAGCAAUUUCAAAUGUUUUCUUUUUUGUUCUCCAUGCUCCAAAUGAUGAUGAAACUGGUCAAACCAUAAAAAGAACGUUACAAGUGUUUCGUUACAAGUGGCACAGGCAGGGGGCCAUCGAAUCAUGGGAUCACACCCUGCGCGAGGUACAAUCCAGCAAGGAUGAAAAGCAGAAUAAAAUAUCUACGUUAUAGUAACAAUUAAGAUACAACUAAAAAGGCUUCUUAAACAAUAUAAAGGCGCAUAACAGGAGAAAGAAGGGAAGGAAAAAAGAUAAAAAGCAAAGGAAAAAGUGCAAUAGUUUGAACACUCUUCCUUCUCUCUAGAACACUAGAUAAUGUCUCGAUAUAAUCCAACUCUUUCUUCCAUUGCUGUGUGCGGCCGCUAGCGGUUGGCCUGCACCAGUGACAAAACUCUAAUAAAGUAACGUAUUAUUGCACAUUUGAGCACACACACACACACACUCCACAGUGUUGUAUUGAAUUGAAGCAAAACAGCAGUUAACGCUGCUAAGUGGUGUUUGGUGGUGGUCUUUCGAUUUUUUAUAUAACAGAAAAGAAGUGUAAAACGCAUGAAUGAAGAUCAAACGCAAGUUCAUUACUUUUAUAAAACUUUCAUAUACUAUUUCAUCCUAGAUGAACGGAAAAAUUCUUACAAUGUGAAUACGCGAGGUAUUAGAAAAUAAUGUUUUCCACGUGUUUUUUCGACUUUUUAUCAUCGCAAGUUAAGGGUGUUGCGCACACAGCGUUCAGUACAGAUAGACAUCUCUCAAAGCAAUUGGGCGAAGACGAAGUAGGCUUCUGAAUUUGCUUCGAGGCGUCAAAUCACACCUAAUAGCCAUUUUAUUAGCAUUCAACGUGUGAUAUUGCGUUACCUUAUGCCGGUCUUGGUAGAUUCCAGUGUCGUUGAAAAUUAUUAGAACUUCGUUUGCAAACUUAUCAGCCAAUAGUCUGUAACUCUCUGUAUCUACCGGGCACUCGGUAGAUACCGACAAACCAAAAAGUGAUACAGGUUUACACAUAAAAGCAGAAUAGUAGAAGACAUUUACGUACACUUUAAAUGAAAUUCCAAUCACCUGCCUGAUAGAGAGAGAGAGGAAGUUGAUAUGUGUGCGUGUGUGUGUGUGUGUUGGUAGCCCAUUGUGUCGCAAGCUUACCGUGAAGGCGCGCAUUCGGUUUCCCGAUCGUAACUAGUUUGGCUUUUGUGUGCAUCAUGUUUUCUGCUUUGCACGGGAAUGUCAUCGCCUACUAACAAACAUGACUCCGAACCCGUGCCAAUGUUGAGUCCAGCCACCUUUCACCUUAGUACGUAGUGGAUUGAUAUAAUAAUAAUAGUGGUAGGUGCAAUAACUAGUAGAAUAAAACAGGCGCACUGUUUCCCAAAUUCAUUGAAACUGUUCGUAUUUCAUCAACAUUACGUUGCUAAAGAUUCACCUGCGGGAAGCCAAGGGAAGAGAUAAUAAAGACAUGACGUACAAUCGAGAUUUACUUGUUAGGCGUUAGGAAAAAUUAUUUAAAAACGUUUCUUUUUUAAAUUUCGCCCGUUGUACUCCUCCGUUGGUAACUUUUAGCUUUUAGCACACUUUUAUACGUUGCGAGUGUAGCUUGAAAUUAGGCGUUCUGUUGCAGCCAAUGUUGGGCCAAUCAAACACAGUUUGCAGCAAAUCGGGUGAGCGAUUGAUAAACCAAUAUGGUUAAUAAUGAUGACAAAAACACUCCAAACUUAUGAAAACAAGGCUAAAUUUAUUCUAGAUCAUUCUGUAAAACAAGAAAAAUGUAGUAAAAGCGAAACAGAGAAAUAGUGGCAGUGCUCUGCAUGCUAAUAACUAUGGCCUCUCAACGUGUUGGCAUGCGUGAGCUUGAUAAUAAUUCUGUGUGGUGACCCUGUUGGCACAUUCUCGCGUCGUCUGAAAAGAAACGUUCUCACACGCAUGUACACAAAACCACCCAACAAAAGACGUAUGAUCGCUGGUACUAUCAUUAUUUGCGGAGAGAAAUACAGUUUAGCCAAUGAAUGCAACUGCUUUAUGAUCUCUUGGGAAUUUUUCUCGAGUGACCAACAUUUUUAUAUAUACUGCAUGAAGACAUAUUGAAAGCACUAAGCUCGAUCUGGUAAGUGUAUGAAAAUUUCACCUCCAUGGCUCAAUGUUUGCAGCGAGCGACAUUUUCUAUGAAAACUAAGUUCCGCUUUCAAAGCUACUUAAUUAUCCUAAUUAUUUCUCCCUAUAGUUUCUUCACAGGACAUGACAAGAUUCUUCAAAUGCCAACGACCAACAAACCGCCACUAGCACUAACUAACGUAGAUAAUAGAGCUGUUAAAUUGAUUGGCAAACCCGAUUUAAGCAUAUUUUUGUAAUCAUUUUCUAACAUCUCCUUUUUCUUUCCACCUUCAAUCAACUGUCACCGUGUAGACGCCGUAUAUAGAGAUCGAAUUUCGCGAUGCACCGAAAAAACGCAUCAAGCGCAACCUGUCGCUGAACUGUGAUGAAAAUGCGAACGAAACACGCUGCUGUCGCUAUCCGCUAACGGUGGAUUUUGAGAAGU